AUGCGGUUUUUAUCCUCUUUGAAGCUAUCGAAACAGAGUCUCAGGAAUUCAAAAAAGAACUAAAAGAAAUAGGUGUGCAAUGCAAUCUUGUAAGUCUUCCCCCGCUUGGUACAGUCGAGUGCAGUCAAACUGACUCUGAUGAUGAUGACGAUGGCAAUGAUGAAGGGGAAAUGUACUGCCCACUCACCUCUGAUAGCGAUGAAGAAAUGAAAGAAACGAAAGAAAUGACUUCAGAGGAACAGGAAAAACUAAAAGGAUCCAGAAAAUACCAUACCGAAAGGAAGUAUAUAGUUUUUGAAAGUUAUUUGUUAGAGUUGUUCCGCUGGUGUCCAGUUUGCAAUGGCCCAUCUGAAGGGAAGAUUGUUGAUACAAUGGGCACUUUUAUCAAAAUAGUCCAAAAAUGCAAAGACGCUGAUUGUCAGCAGGAAAAAGUGUGGACGAAUCAGAAUUUCGUCCGGACAAUGCCAGUUGGAAAUCUGCUUUUAUCUGCAGCAAUACUAAUGUCAGGUCUUCCCACACAAAAAACACUGAGAAUGUUUCGCUUUAUGAAUAUUGCCUGCGUGUCAAGAUCUUCGUUUUACCGGCACACCACCAAUUAYGUUACUCCAACUAUCGUGCAGUGCUGGAAAGAAGAACAACGAUCGCUCUUACAAAAGAUGCGAAAUGAGGGGAAUGACCUUAUCCUCUCUGGUGAUGGAAGAUGCGAUUCGCCAGGGCAUAGUGCUAAAUUUGGCUCUUACACCGUCAUCGAGCAGAAGACAAAUCGCGUUCUCGAUUUCCAACUUGUGCAGAGCAAUGAAGUAAAGAACAGCUCCUGGAUGGAAGUGGAGGGUUUAAAGAGGAGUGUGGCACUCUUCGAAACUCAGAAUUUGUCAAUAGACAUAUUAAUAACAGACCGAAGCACAUCSAUUUCUAAAUACAUUAGGACAAAACUACCUGACACAACACACUACUAUGACAUUUGGCAUGUUGCUAAAGGUCUGGGUAAAAAAAUUGAUAAAAUAGCUAAACAAAAGGAAUGUAGUGAUGUUGGGGAAUGGAAACAGUCCAUUUGUAAUCACAUGUACUGGUGCGCAGCUUCAACACCUGACGGUGAUGGCAACCUCAUGAAGGCGAAAUGGGAGAUGUUGCCAUUACAUAUACAAARUAUACAUAGAGGAGGAAAUGCUUUGUACCCAACAUGUGGUCAUGGGAGACUUCAAGGAGAUAGCAGUGAUAGAUUAUGGUUAGAGAAAG